AUGGUUUAUACUUUUUACGACGGGACCAUUGCGGUGGUCGAAAGUAUCAUCAGAUCCUUGUCUAAUAUCCUCCACCAAGCCGAGCAACAUCCCAAUGCUAGCACUCUGCUCGAGGCCCGGUUGCACGAGGAUAUGUACGCAUUGACCGAUCAAGUGCGCAUCGCAUCGCAAUUCUCGGAGAAUAUAGUCGCAAGACUAACGGGUCGGGAGCCGUUGACUUUUGAAGGCAAACCUACGACAUUUGCCGAAUGCUACGAGCGCAUUGAGACAGUGCUGAAGAGGCUCAACGAUGCUGAUAAGGACGUCGUAAAUCAACAUAGCGAUAUUUUGGGGACCACUCAGGUUGGCCCUGGAAAGACGAUUGAGAUGAGCGGCGCUGCGUAUGCUCAUAGGAUUGCCUUGCCGAAUAUUUACUUCCAUCUUGUAACUGCAUAUGGGAUUCUGCGUAAAGAGGGGGUGCCGCUAGGUAAGAAGGACUUUUAUGUCGGUUUCUUUCCUCAGCAACUCGCUGGAAGUCAGUAG